UUUGGUGAAGCUAUAGUUUACUAGAACGGGUCAACAAGCGCUGUAACAUGGACAUGUGGGAACCCUUACACUAUACAGUCCCUCAGUUUUAGCCUAAUCCUCCUGGCCUCGUACCCAUCAGAGGGACACUCAUCUCCUACUCCUUCCCAAGAGAUGUCUUCCCAGGCUUCUCUCCGACCUGCGGUGGUCCUGUCACUGGUUCUGGUUGUGUGGGCUCUGACAGGGCUGACCCAUGCCCAGCCCAAGGCUUCUGUCCUGGACUUCUCAGCCAGCCUGGGUAACCUCCUCCCAAGCCUCAGCCGACCAGCCAACUCCAGCCGGAUCUUCUAUGGGGUAAUGUUUGACGCUGGCAGCACUGGCACUCGCAUCCACGUCUAUACCUUCAUACAGAAAGACCCUGAGGAGUUACCAGUGUUGGAUAAUGAGAUGUUCCAUUCCAUCAAGCCUGGUCUGUCAGCAUAUGCAGACAUGCCUGAAAUGGGUGGGUACACAGUGAGGCAGCUUCUGAAAGUGGCUAAGAAAACCGUCCCCCGGCUGGAAUGGAAGAGAACCCCGCUGGUCUUGAAAGCAACAGCAGGACUCAGGCUGCUGCCCUCAGAGAAAGCCCAGGCUCUACUGGAACAGGUGCAGGAUGUCUUUGAUGAAUCUCCCUUCUUCGUCCCAGACGAUAGCGUCAGCAUAAUGAAUGGUACAAAUGAAGGAAUCUUGGCGUGGGUUACUGUGAACUUUUUGACAGGCCACCUGUAUGCUGAGACCAGGAAGACAGUGGGGAUUCUGGAUCUGGGGGGAGGAUCGACUCAAAUCACUUUUCUUCCUAAAUCCAAGAAAACCCUUGGAAGUUCUCCUGAUGACUAUAUUGCCAGAAUUGACAUGUCCAACUCGACAUAUGAACUCUACACUCACAGCUACCUGGGUAAUGGACUGAUGGCAGCUAGACUGGCAGCCCUAGGAGCACUGGGGGCAGACGGGUUAGAGUGGAGAGUGUUCAAAAGCUCCUGCCUGCCUAAGAAGUUCAGAGAGGAGUGGAGCUUUGGAGGACUCACCUACAUAGUCAGUGGGAUACCUGAUGGUAAUGUGGGAUACAAGCUGUGUUACCAGGAAGUGCUGAAGGUGGUAAAGGGAAUAGUUCACCAGCCCUAUGAGUUGAAAGACACCAGUGUGUUCUACGCUUUCUCCUAUUACUUUGACCGAGCCGUGGAUGCAGGCCUUAUUGACAGGACCCAAGGAGGAAUGCUGGAGGUCAGGGACUUCAAGAAGAGAGCUAAAGAGGUGUGUAACAAGAUGUCUAAGUACCAUCCGAUCAGCCCCUUCCUGUGUAUGGACAUGACCUACAUCACCUGUCUGCUCAAAGACGGCUUUGGCUUCAAGGAGAACACUGUACUGCAGCUGACUAAGAAAGUCAACAACGUGGAGACAAGCUGGGCUUUAGGUGCCACAUUCAACCACUUCCAGAACCUAAAGAUCCACAGAUAGACAAGGAGCCACAGGUCUGGGUGGGCAGGAGGGGAAAACCACUGGAUUAGAUGGUGCUCAAAAAUAAAUGGACUGAGGAACUAUUGUUGUUUUAAACAUAACAGCCUUUGACCCUGCCUUAGUGUGAAUUGUAAUGUCUUAAAAAUAUGCCUUGCAUCUUUGACUUACUAUUUGACUAUCAAGAUUUGACAUUUCUGAGAUAACAUUACAAUUGUUACAACUAUUUUUGUUACCCAACACCUAAAUGGUUGGUCCUAUAGUUCAGUAGGUCUGUUGUUUUCAUGUGACUGGUUGCUAUAGCACAGUGGUCUCAUAUUAUUUACAUCUCUAUUAAAGCACUGGGGGCUGUCGCUGACUGAAACGCCACUUAGUUGUGUUACUGUAUAAAAGGUGGAUAUUUUGACCGUCUGUUUAAUAUCACUUGGGUGUGAUCUUUAUUUUCAUUGAAAAAAUAAACUGGUAUGAGAGUGUGCUUUUCAAAAAAAAGUGUGUUCAAUUGUUCUACAUGCAGCCCUCUGUGCAUCAAAUCGUACUGUGCUUUAGUUCCAAUAGCAGCUUGGGAGUUUGCAACUGAUUUCAACGUUUCCUUUCUACUAAUGAUGGAGGACGGAGCACAUUUAAUAAUGUCCUUUUCAAAUAGUCUUACGUCAGCUAUCGACUUGAUUCAUUUGUGAAUUAAGCUAAAAACAACAGCCUUAAUAGUGUUUUACAAAACACUGCAUGUUGAGCUUACACAGUUGAUUUAGUACGUUUCACAAUGACAAAUCCAGGUAGCUACAUGUACUUUCUUUUAAUAAAACUCACGAUUUGUA